GUUUGUAAAUUGUAAAUGACAAUUUGUGAAAUGUUGAUACGAUACGAUAUUUUUAAUUCUUUAAUUGUGUAAUGUUACUUUGCUAAUAUGGAGCUGACAGUUUCGUCAGAAAUUUAUGCAGAAACUGAUUUUGACCCAGUCAAAACUGAUAAUGGAAAUGUUAUUUCAAAAUUUAGAUUUUUCUCCCCACCUGAAAAGGUGAGUGAUUUAGAUAAAGAUGGCGACUUAGAUGUAAAAAGAAAGGAACAAAAAAUUAUUGCAAUAGAGCAUUCUGCGUCAACCGUCUUAAAACUUGUUGGUUUACAAGUCUGGCGGGGUGCACUAUUGCUAGCAGACUUCCUUUUUCACUGUCGCGGAGAUAUCUCUAAUAAAAACAUUUUGGAACUAGGUUCUGGAGUUGGACUUACAAGCAUUACAGCCGCUAUGUUUGCUAAAACUGUUGUUUGCACUGAUAUAAAUGUUGGAGGCAUAUUAGACUUAAUUAGAAAUAAUAUAGAAAAAAAUAAGAGAUUCCUUAAAUGUGAUAUCGCAGUUUUGGAACUUAACUUCAAAUCAGAAAAAUUUGAAGAAAAUUUAGAAAAAUAUAUAGAAGAAUGUGACAUUGUUUUGGCUGCUGAUGUAAUUUAUGAUGAUGAUUUGACCGAGUCCUUUGUAUUUACUCUCGAUAAAUUGCUUAAUAAAGAGCGAUACAAGAGAAGAAAAAUUAUUUAUAUUGCUUUAGAAAAACGUUAUGUAUUUACAACUUCGGAUGUAGACCUAUGUCCACCAUGUUACGAUUUUUUUUUACAGAUGAUAGCUAAAAAGUCAUGGAAAGUUGAAAACGUUGCAAUAGAUUUUCCUCAGUUUUUUAUAUAUGAAAGAUGUAAAGAACUUGUUCUUUUAAAAAUCAGUCAUUAAUAAAAUAUUUUUAUGUUGUUUUAUGUCGUAAAACUAAUAAAUAGAGUAAUAUUCCUCUUA